AUGGAUCCCUUCUCGGCAGCUGCCGGAGUAGCUGGCCUUAUAUCUUUGGGCAUCGAGGUUUGCAAAGGUCUUGAUGCGUAUUGUCGGAACUACCGGAGCAAAGACAGCGAGAUCCUCGCCCUUAGUCGACACGCCAAAGAAUUAGAAACUUUUCUUGACAUGAUCGAAAGCCGCAUGAAGGCAUAUUCCGAGGUUGACCAAGCUCUAGCAACGACAUUGGAAGAUUGCCAUGCUACAUGCAACAUGUGUCUGCAGGACUUCGCAGCACUCAACACCAAGUAUGCUCGUCCGAAAGCUGUUCCAAGCUUCAGGAAGCAGGGUAAGGCAUUUGUACGACAAAUCCAAUUUCCGUUUCAGAAGGACAAGUUCGAUGGCCUCAGAUCCCAGAUGCUCCAAUUUCAAAAGGCUCUUUCAAGCUGCUUGAUUUUGAUGAACUACCUGCACCAGCUCUUCAUGAAUCACGAAGCUUGGCCAACAGACAUAACGGAUACAGACCAAAAUCUUCUCCAUCGAGCUUGCUCCUUAUUUUCGACCUAUGAAUGGCCCAGUUACAAGGCUCACCUCUUUGUCAAGCUUUUGGCGGCCUUGGUGUCCAUGGGGGUUCCUAUCAAUGGAGAUGGAAGGGGAGGCACCCCGUUGCGUUGGUUUUUGUUGUGCCGCGAAUUCAUGGGAAGCCCAAGAUUGCUGCCAACAACGAACAACAGCACUGAUUACGUCGAAGUUUCAGGGUUUUUCGCCCGAGAACUAAUGUCGCUAAACGCAGUUUAUUCAGAGAAGCUCGAGCUUGAUCGUUGCUCAUCAUGGGCACUACUAGGUCUCUUCCCUUUUUUGGGGGGCGCCUUGCACUGCUUCGAUUAUGGCGAGUUGUCAUCGGCUUUGAUUCGAAGAUCAGAAGUUGAGGUUCGCCAGCUACUAGGUCAGUCAUCGGAGUACAUGUUUGAAAGGGGCCAUCACGAGCAGACGCCGUUACAUAUCUCCGUUUACUGGCCCCAAGGCUUGGCAAUACUGUUCGAAUUGGCCAAGGAUGCAUGCGCAUCUCUCAUUGAUGCGACAGACUCGGCGGGUCACACACCGCUGCAAUAUGCCAUUUACUGGGCCAAUACCGAGUCGGUUGCGCUUUUUCUUGAGCAGAAUGCGACGGUUAAUCUGGAGGAUACGUCUGUUUAUGUUCCCUUCCUCGACGUUGAGCGCACCAGAGAGAGGCGGAAGGGGACUUACGACCUUCUGACGAGGGUUCUUGUGGACCGCAGAACAGAAAUGCUUCGGCACGCUCUCGAACACCUUCCCGAAUCAGAACUGAUUCGUCUCGACCUGCGGAACAUGACGUUUCUCAAAGACACCGCAUUUGAAGUUGUGGAGUCUUUUAAGCUCAACCUGGUCCGCACGCCAGCAAUAUUCGAGAAUGUAAGGCCUGGCUCCUUGUAUCAUGCGCGCUAUAUGGACGACAUCCUGGCAGAAGCUUUGUUCAAUGCCGGUUUCGACAGCAUUGAUUCCUUCUGGAAUGGAUAUACACCACUCAUGAUCGUCGACAAUUUCAGUUUUCGCCGUUACGAAAUUCAAGAGGAGGACGAAUAUUUAGUAAAAGCUUUGGAGGAACUCAUGAUCGAAUUCAAGUCAAGGCUACGGGACAGGCCUCAGUCCUUUCGUGACUUCUGGAAAUGGUGGAACAAUCGAAUGGACGAAAUAGAUGCGGAGAAAGAUCCAAUACCGGAUGAGGACAUUAAGGCAAUGGUCGAUACCGGUGUUCAUCUUGAGGUAUAA